UUCUCCUGUUUCUCACCAUGCAUCGAAUAUGUUCACUGCUUGUAGUCUACGUUACCUUGCUAUUCAUCUACAUCUACACGCUUGACGGAAAACCUCGGCCAGCUUUGGUGGGACCGAGGUGGGGGACAGAUACGCCACCGCAGCCAUUAGCAGAUGGAGAAAGUAUCGAUAAAGAGAGACCUAUAAGGGUACACCCGAACCUCGAUCCAUCCGAACCAUGGCUCAAUGUGACGGACCGGGCCAAAGCUGCCAUCGUCAUCGUGGCCUCUAGCCGAGACUACACCAAUGUGCAGAAGACCGUCGUCGCACUGGAGGCAGGAUUUAACGGCCGCUUUAUGUACCCCUAUAUCUUCAUCAACGACGAGCCAUACGAGGAUCGAUUUCGCCAGAACAUGUAUCGUCUCGUUGGGUUUCGAGCUAACUAUGGUGUUAUUGAGCCAGGGUUAUUGGACCCCCGGGUAACCGAAGAUGUUUUGGUAAAAAACGAGAUGUGGUCAGCGACCGAAAGCAAUCAGUCCAUUUGGAAGGCGCACAUGGAUCAGUAUAGUGCAGGCCACAUCUUUAAUCAACCCUUGGUCAGCCUGAUGGAUUACAUUUGGCUAAUUAAACCAGGAGCUGAACUGACCUGCGAUAUCACAUACGAUCCAUUCAUGUACAUGCAGAAGCGGAAUCUCAAAUAUGGUUGGAAUAUCGCUUUGAAGCGCAACAUGGUUCAAAUUGGCUCAAUGGUGAACCACAGCCACCAAUUCAUAGACGUAUACCCGGAAUACCAAGUCAAUCCAAACCAGACCACACAACAGUCCUUGUCAUCGUUUUGCGAAUUUAGCGACACCAUGCAGAUAUAUGACGCCAACUUUUUUAGGGAUGUUCGAUAUUGGAGAUAUUUCGAAUGGCUAGAUCAUCGACUGGACUGGUCUUUGGGGCUUGGUCAGGCUGUCAUUUCACAAGGGAUCAAGUUAUUCCUCAAGCCCGAGCAAGUGUAUUUCUUUAGUGACAUAGGAGUUCAUGGUACCGGGUCUUUACACUGUCCGCAGCCGAAAGAGCUCAACAAAAAAUGUGUCUGUAACAAGAAGGAUAGUAUAGAAUUGAAACAAGAAUCGUGUGCAUACAACUGGCAUCAUUAGAGCAGUUACGGUUUCGUUCAGAAGGAAACUACAUCUCUCCUAUGGUUACGUUAAAUGCUCGAUUAAACUAAUUCUAUUAGCCCGGACAUGACCAACGACCUCUGAAGGGCAAUAUAACACUCUAAUGCUCUCUAUUCUAAGAAAAACCUUAAACUAAAAGCAAAAACAAGGAAAAUUCAUUAUCAGGGAUCCCGGAUUCGAUCAGUUGUCUCAAAUGCCACGAGAAGACAAUUGGGUAAUAUUGUUAGGCCAACUCCUUUAGCUACUCUGGCGCUUUCUUCAUAUUUUUGCUUUUCCUCAUCUUGUACUGUAAUCUUACAUCCAUAAAGUCUAUCAAGCUUGCCACCAUCCAC